AUGUCACUCGCAAAACCUCUCUGGAAGAUAUGUCUCGUCUCAAUACUGCUCGCCCUGAUCUACUCGCCCGCGAUCCUACUUUCUGAAGCCAGGCUAAACAGGUUUGUGCGCAGGCAGGCCACUCAGCCACCCCCUCUUUCCAAUGGCAGUCCGCCACUGACCGGAAGUAACCUACCGACAACCUCCGGCACAACUGGCUAUGGAACACCGGCACCUACCAACCCAGGAAGCACAAGCACAUAUAGUGCAACUAGCGCUGGCGGCGCAAAUGGGACUCCGGCACCUGGCAGUACCAAUACUGACACAUUCUCAAGCUUAUUUCCAUCUACUAGUAAUACUGGCGGGUACGCCAAUCCAGCUCUGUCAGGUAGUACGGACACCGGAGGGGACGGUUCACUAGGUGGAACUGGGGCUCAGACUUCACCAACACCCGGUGGCACCGGGGGCGGAUCUACGAAUCAACUUUCAACUGGUUCUAGCGGAUACGUCAAUCCAUCUGCGCCCGGUAGUACUGCAACUGGAUCAAGCGGCUCACUCGGUGGCACUGGGGGGGCUCAGACAUCACCUGUACCCGGAAGCAUCGGUGGUGCAUAUGCGAAUGCAGUCCCAACUGACACGAGUGGAUACGCCAAUCCGCUUCUGUCAGACAGUACGGACACCGGAGGGGACGGUUCACUUGGUGGCACUGGGGCUCCGACUUCACCUACACCCGGCAGCGUCGGCGGUGGAUCUACAAACCCACUAACAACUGAUGCUAGUGGAUCCGCCAAUCCAUCGGUCCCUGGAACUCAGACUUCACUGACACCCGGCAGCGUCGGCGGUGGAUCUGCAAAUCCACUCGCUACUGAUAAUAGUGGAUACGCCAAUCCAACUGUGCCCGGCACUACCAACACUGGAGCGGGCGGUUCACUCGGUGGCGCUGGAGCUCAGAAUUCAGCUGCACCUGGCACCCUCGGCGGUGUAUCCACGAAUCCACUAACAACUGGCACCUCCGGCUACGUAGAUCCAUCAGGGGCCGGAGGUAGCACCACUGGAACGGGGGGUUCACUCGGUGGCGCUGGAGCUCAGAAUCCAACUGCACCCGGCACUCUCGGUGUUGGAUCCACGAAUCCACUAACAACUGAUACCAGCGGAUACCCCAAACCACUCGUGCCCGCAAGUACUGCCACUGGACAGGAGAGCUCACUCGGAGGCACCGGAACGCCUUCGCCUGCACCUGCAAACGUCGGUGAUGCGAAUCCACUUCCAACUGAUACAGGGGGAUACCUCAAUCCAUAUGUUCCCGGCACUACUACCACUGGAACGGGAGGCUCACUAGCUGGGGGGACUGGAGCUCAAACGUCUCCUACACCCGGCAACAUCGGUGGCGGAAAUACAAACUCAGUUCCAACUAAUGCCGGUGGAUACGUAAACCCAUCUGUACCCGGCACUACUACCAGUGCCACUGGAGCAGGCGGGUCACUUGGUGGCACUGGCACUCAGACUUCACCAAUACCCGGCAGCGUCGGUGGUGGAUAUACGAACUCAGUUCCAACUGAUGCCAGUGGAUACGUAAAUCCACCUGUACCCGGUACUACUACCAGUGCCACUGGAGCAGGCGGGUCACUCGGUGGCACUGGAACUCAGACUUCACCAAUACCCGGCAGCGUCGGCGGUGGAUAUGCGAAUCCAUCUCUAACCAAUGCUACGGGUGGAUAUGCCUAUGGGACCCAAGCCAACCCAUCUUUACCUUCCGGAAGCCAGUUGCAACAGGCAGUCGGGGGACCGGUGCCAGGACUCACACCCUCAACAACCACCCAGCCACCACCAACAAACCCCAAGCCAGCCCCAGCUCCGUCUCCAAAACCUGCGACACCGCCGAAGAAAGCCCAAACAGGGCCCGAUCCUAAUGGUAAACCGGCACCAAAGGAGAAUAAUGGGCAGCCAGCACCGGCUCCAAAAGAUACCGAACAAACACCACCUCCUGGUAAACUGGCAGACCAGCCUGUGGCCUGUGGCGUCACCUAUGGAGCAGCAAGCCCGGAGGCCAAAGUACCCAAAGACUACGUCUCUUGCAUGGCGUAUGGAGCUAAAGCUUACCUCUGCCCACAAGCAAAAUGUCAUGGUGGAAAUGAGCAGGAAAUCCCAGAUGUUUUUCCGAUGGAAAAAUUCAUAUUCAAAAACUGUACUCGGUAUGUUGAUAAAGAUACUCCCGCCAAAGAGGGUAUACCCGAAGUCCAUCCCGUUCAAUUCUGGGCCCAAAAUCUCAAGGGAACUUUAACUGCAAUUGGUUAUGAAGAUCCGAAUAAAAGAGUACAUCACACCUAUCAGUGUACUUGGACUAAACACGACGAGACGAAUAACGUCCGGCCUAUUUGCAAUGGAUGCAUCCUUUCCCAGUUUACUGAUCUUCCAGUACCAGCUAAACCACCAACUCCGACGAAACCAAACCCGUCGCCGUCGCCGUCGCCGUCGCCAACGCCAUCACCAACGCCAACAAAACCCCCAAAGCUUUUCCGACGAUCUCAAUAA